UAUGAUUGCACAUCAACACUCACGGCUAGCUGCAGAUACAACUCGGUCGCUCACACUUUCUCCACUUUCAGCUCACUCCCGGCGUUCCCGUCGCUGUUUAAACAGCGUUUCCGCAACUUUUAGGAAGAGGAAAUUUGAACAUAAAGUAUUUUUUAAUAUUGUUAUCAUUGUGUGGUAAUUUAAGAAAGAAAAAGAAGAGGGAGAGAAACCAUCAGUUCAGCCGCUCGGCUCUUUGGGAAGAUAUGAUGUGAGCACCGUAGCUGCAGGAGGACUGGAUAACCGCGCAUCCUUUAAAUGUGAUGGACCAGCAGAGGGCUCUGCAUUCAGGUUGCCUGGUCUCAGGGGUCCGUACGCCUCCCGUUCGCCGCAACAGCAAGCUGGCCAGUCUGGGACGCAUCUUCAAGCCCUGGAAGUGGAGGAAAAAGAAAAAUGAGAAGCUGAAGCCCACAGGAGCAGUGGAGAAGAAGGCAGCUGUACGGCAGAAGAGGGAUGACCUCGUCAGGAGGAACCCCGGGGAGACCGAGACAGAGUCAGAUCUUGCUUGUGGGGGUAACAGUGAGGACCUGGACACCCCGCCUCACUCUGACGGUGAGGACAGAGACGAGGAGCCGGUGGCACCACUGGCCAACACUAAUGAAGACCUGGGCAGUGAUUUAGAAAGCUCAACAGUACAAGAUGUGACUGAAGUGGCAAAGACAGCAGGUGAUCAGAGUCAGAGUGAAGAUGGAGAAGAUGAAAGCACCUCAAUCAGUGACCCCAGCGAAGAGCAGAUGCAGGGCAAAGCGGAGGGUAUCGAGGGGAAGCAGGAGGCGGCGGCGACCAAGCCUCAGAGACGAGCCAGCACCCCUCCUCCACCCAGCCUGCCUGUCAAACUGCUCACCAGACUGGGCAGCUUAGAAGGUGCUCCUCCAGUGCCGGUGAAGAAGUCCCCGGCCACCUUACCCAGGAACUUCACUCUGCCCAAAGACCCUCAUGGCUCUCUGUUGAGAGGCAGGAUCUCCACACCCACCGGGUCCCCUCACCUCGGGGCAUUGCACCCACAGCUGCCCCCCAGCUGCAUCAUUGAGGAGCUGCACCGUGCCCUGGCUACCAAACACAGACAGGACAGUUUCCAGAUGAAGGAGGCGCGCUCGUCUCCGAAACGCCGUCCGGAGGGCCGCCUGUCUCGCACGUCCAGCACAGAGAAGGACCCGGCCGGAGAGUCCGAGAGCAAGAAGGAGUCUGACGAGAACAAGGAGAACUGGCGUCUGGAUGAAUACUUGAGCGACCAGGACAGCUGGAAUGAGUCUGUGAUCUCCGGGACCCUCCCACGCAGGAUGAAGAAGGAGCUGCUGGCUGUGAAGCUUCGGAACAGGCCCAGCAAGCAGGAGCUGGAGGACCGCAACAUCUUCCCCGUCCGCAGCGAUCAGGAGCGGCAAGAAAUCCGCCAACAGAUAGAGAUGAAGCUGGCCAAGAGACUGAGCCAGAGGCCGGCAGUGGAGGAGCUGGAGAGCCGGAACAUUUUGAAGCAGAGAAAUGACCAGACUGAGCAGGAGGAGAGGAGGGAGAUCAAACAGCGGCUGAACAGAAAGUUGAACCAGCGGCCGACGGUAGAUGAGUUGCGGGACAGAAAGAUCCUAAUUCGUUUUAGCGACUAUGUGGAAGUGGCCAAAGCUCAGGACUAUGACAGGAGAGCCGACAAGCCCUGGACCAGACUGUCAGCUGCUGACAAGGCAGCGAUACGGAAGGAGCUGAACGAGUUCAAAAGCAACGAGAUGGAAGUUCAUUCUUCGAGCAAGCAUCUGACAAGGUUCCACCGGCCUUAGCAAGGUUUCUUCUGUGAAGAGUUGCUUAAAUCUGGUUCCGUCAGUGAAGACCUUGCACAAAGUCUUCCAUUGGCCUGCAGCCACUGGGUGUCCUGAUAUUUGGGUCCGUUGAACCUUUGGAGGCUAUGUCUCUAGAAAUGGAUCUGCCAGCAGAAGGACGGGGGGGGUGCCCCCAGCAAGCUCCACUUCUGCUCAGAAGACCAUCUCCUUAACCCUCACUUCACCUUGUCAGCGGAGCAGGAAGAGCUGAGGUUGUGCAUUCGCCAUAAUAAACAAAGCAGAGACUUCUUUUUGUUUUUGUAAACGGACUCUUUUAAAAGACGCUCUUUUUUGACACGGGGGAGGGGGGAGCACGUGCAUGUGACCGAGUCGACCAAUCCCACUCCAGUAUCAGUAGUCACAUCCCCGAGCUGUGUCGGAGUCUCGCUGAUUCAGUUGAUGAUGAUUUUCAUAUCGGCAGUGUACAUGUUCUUAAACAGAAACCUUGUCUGUGUACAAGAUGAAAAUCCCUUUGUAAGCACUAUUUAUUGUCUGCACAAUACAGGCUUUCAAAUUUGUAAAAACAAACUCUCCUGGUCUUGUGUGUACAGUGUUCUUCAGAUCAUAUUUUAAUAUCAAAAAGCACAAGAGAUAUGUGGGAUAUUUUAGAAAUGUGAUUCAAAGUCUUUUUUUCCUCAGAGAGGUAAGAAUUAGGGUGACGGAUGAUAGCUGGCUAAGGCUGAUGAAUGGGUUGUAAUCCCCUAGAUUUAUGUCAGUUUUAGUGAGUAGAUGAUAACAUUUGAGUGAAGUUCACCUCGUCACAUCAGAUGAAGCAGCAAUUAGUUGGCAGAAUGCAGGCAGUGACCUGUUUCUUAUCCUCACGCUCUGUCAUCCUUGCACAAAUGGCUCUCUGUGCCGGGGACAUCAUGUGGGUUUAAACUCCCUCGUGAAAACAAGCUCACCUGACUGCAUUUGUCCAAUUUGGAGCGAGCUGCUGAUCUAAUAAGCUUUAAUGCCGCCGACACAGGAACGGGAAUAAGAACGAGCCGUUGUGUCAAACCUGAAUAUUAUAUGACAAACGCAUUAAAA